GAACUCCUCUUGUAAUUCAGUCUGCUUCUCCUGGAGCUCUGUCAUAUUUUUGCAUGAGUAGCUCGCAAACUGCUCCGUUUUUUUAAACCUCUCCCUCCGUGUCUCUGUGAAGGAGGGGGCAGAGAGGUGUUAGCUGCGCGCUGCAGACAUCAAUAAGAGGAGAGCCGCUUUCCACCGUCACAGCGCCGGAGCAGAGCAGGGGAGCCCUGGCAACAAGGACACACAAACGCAGCAGCCCCCGACAGCCCACUGGAAUGCAGACUCCACCUGCAUACGAACGGACAUGAGCCGCCACACUGACAUCUGACACGGCUCUGUUUCACUGUCAGAAGAAUCAAGGAACUUCAGCAGCUGAGCAGCGGGCUCCACCUACUCCACCCAAGCUCUGCCUCCUCAGCUCAGAGUGUUCUGCGUCCCUCACACCACCUUCUGCAUUCUGGGAUACUCUGGAACCUUCUCUAUGGGCUCUGCCACCUGCUGACAAACUGCAGUUGUGUUGAAUGAGGUUUGUGCUGCGUGUGGGCAGGCUUUCCUUUGGAGGGAGAUGAUUCCACAUGAAGUUCAGCGCACUCGACCCCCCAUCGGCCUCUGCAACUGCAGCAGGUGUGACGUUGUGAUGCUCUCCCCCGCCGCACUGGGUUCACCACUCAGCCGCUAAAGAUUGGGAACAGACCACUCCACUUCUCCCCCUUUAAAUCUUCCCUCUCCAUCUGACACCUUCGUUCGAGUCUUGGGGUGCAGGUUUUGAAUUGAGACCUGGCAAGCGGCAGCUUUGGGUGAACUAAAUCGAGUGGGAAAAAGAGGAAAAAAAAUUGGUGGGCUUUUUUUUGUUUUUUUUGGCAACUCAAUGUAGAAAUGAAGAGUUAAAAGAGAAAAAGGAAAGUAGGAAAAGAAAGAGCGGGAAAGUUUGAAAAGAAGGAACAGGCGCUGGGACUAAAGGCAUGUACAGAGACAAGAAGACAAGAAGUGAAACCAACAUGAAGUCCAACCAGGAGCGCAGUAAUGAAUGUUUACCCCCAAAGAAGAGGGAAAUCCCAUCAUGCACGUUGCCUUCUGAAAACCGCUCACCUGUGCCACCCCCCAGUGACAGCCAGCGCACGGAGAACAUGACCUGGCUAGCCAGUGUGGCUGGUGGAAAUGAAGGCAGCCUGGGUGAGCAUCGUAGCUUUAACCAGUCGGAUGGGGCCUUGUACAAAUCCCCAUCCUUGACCCACUCUUCCCCCUGUUCAUCCUCGCUGAGGCUGGUGUCCUCACUUCCUACCGUGUACACGUCCCCCAUAACACAGGCCACGGUUGGAGGGACAGUCCACUACACCCAACUUCCCCCCAACCUGCAGUUAAUAGCCUCACCCUACCCUACUCCCUACGCAGGCUACAUCCCCCAACAGCUACUCCCACCGCCUCCUCCACCCCUCCCCUCCUCUUCAUCAGCCGCACAGAGAGCCGCUUACGCGGAAACAACUGUCUCCAAGCAGGACCAGCAUCGAACGUCAUCGGGACGCACCUCCAUGCCUCCUCCUUCCACAGACUCCAUCCCACACAACGUUCAAAUUUCAACGUCCCCUCGGACUCUAGCGUCGUCUCACCUGUCGGCCCAGUCUGUGCACCCCCACCAUUCUAUGGGACAUGGUAUGUCCCACGUUGUGGUGAAAUAUACAGACGGUCCCUCAAGAAAAGAGGAAGGUGCCUCCAGAUCUAGAGAGUUCCACAACGGGGAUGUGGAAAGAGGGCAGAGGCCUAGACUGUCCCCAGAGUCGAGCCUCUUUAAGUCAGGGAGCAAACCAAGGGAACCCACGUCCUGUUUGUCUUCUUAUGAGGCCCGUCAGCUAGUUCUAUCACCAGACUAUACUCAUGAAUCUUUAGGGCCAAGAACCUCGGUCAUGCUAAUGCCCAACAGCCAUGAGGACCACCAGCUUUUACCAACCAGAGCCAACCUAGAGAAGCAAACAGCCUCCGCCCCCACACAUCAAGAGAAAGGUGGCAUUGUCAUGGGCAAGCCGCUCAACCGGACCCCAUCCUCGUCCACCACCUGCUCUUUCACCUUUCCUCCCCCACCAAGUGUAGACAAUCUGAAAGCUGGUGUCAGCUCGCUGUCUCCUCAGACUGUUAUCCAGACUACCCACAAUGCCACAGAGUCACUGUCAAUGGGGCUGCCCUCCACAAGCAUCUACCCACAACCACCCAUUAUUGGUUACAUCGCAGGGGGCAAUGGAGGCGGUUACCACACCAACUUACAGCAACACUUACUCAUUCCAGGCAGCCAACCAGUCAUCAUCCCUGUCAGUGGAGUCCCGACAUUAGAACCUGUGACCUCCCACAUUACGUCCUCCACACAAGCUGCACCUUUCCCUAGUACACUCCCACAUACGUACAUCGCUGCCACCUCCAUCAAAGGGGAAUCCUCAGAAAGCGGCUCGUUCCAUGAAGCUGCUUCAGGUGCUGUUGUUCAAGCCCAAAUUCAUCUCCCCAUGGUUCCUGCUCCAUCUGGGCUGGUUGCUCUUUCUCCUCCGUCCAGUACAGCGGCGUCCUCUUCACUACCCCCGUACUUCAUCAAGGGCUCGAUCAUCCAGCUGGCUGACGGUGAGCUGAAGCGUGUCGAGGACCUAAGGACGGAAGACUUCAUCCAGAGCGCAGAGAUCAGCAGUGAGCUGAAAAUCGACUCGUCCACGGUGGAGCGCAUCGAAGGGAGCCAAACCUCAGCAAACUUUGCCGUCGUUCAGUUCUCCGUAGGCGAACAUCGUUCACAGGUAAGCGUGGAGGUCUUGUUGGAGUACCCCUUCUUUGUUUUUGGCCAGGGCUGGUCGUCAUGCUGCCCCGACCGGACCACCCAGCUCCUCGAGCUGCCUUGUUCCAAGCUCUCUGUCGGCGACGUUUGUAUUUCGCUCACUCUCAAGAACUUAAAGAAUGGCUCCCUGAAGAAGACGCUGGAGCCGGCCAGCCAUGCUUCAGUCCAACACCUGAAACCCCACAGAGCCGCCUCAGACGCACCGCAGAGCUGCAGUGGAGGAAACUCCAGGCACCGGGAGCGGGAGAACGGCAUCAGCCAGCGGAGGAGUGACGAAAGAGGGAGCGGGGAAAGCUCCAGAAUGGAAAACGGAGAUGUCAUGGUGGAGGGAAGGAGGUCUGUUUUCAAAGGUCAGGUUGCCGGCAGCGCAGCGGUUGGUUGCAGCAAACCGGCGCCGAGCAGGAAGCGAAGGUGGUCUGCUCCGGAGGGUCGAGACAUAGAAAAAUCUGAGGAAGAGCCGCCCUUAACUCUGCCCAAACCUUCCUUCAUUCCCCAUGAGGUGAAAGUCAGCAUUGAGGGAAGGUCUAACAUCGGCAAGUAACGGCUAGCAGGACUGUUCAGAACCACUGGGUUUGGAAAAAGAGGUAAAAAUAAAAGGAUCCCACAGAAAAGUACGCCCAUGAUAAUGUUUUAUUUUUUUUUCUUUUCUAUCCUGAAUACUGUAAAAGUCCAUGUAGUUUAAACCUUUUUUACAGGUGGAUUUAAAAUCAAAGGAUCCGUACUGAUGGAAAUAUUGUGGCUCUGUGGCACGCAGACUAAAGCCCUCGUGACUCUCUUGGGUGCCACAGUCUGCACAGGCUGCAACCUUCAAGUUGACAUAUUUUGCACACUUUAAAGAAAAGUUUGUCACACGAAUCAUUAAAUCACAACAAACGCAAUGCAGAAAAAGUCACAUUUUGACUGUAAAAGUACCCUCUAGCUUGAUUUCAAUCAGAAGGAGCCAGAAGUCAUGGGGAAGCGUCGGCGUGCCACAUGGUCGAUUUUCGGUUUGAUGACAGAAAAGUCUUACAUAGAGGUUUAUGAUUAUUUUUUUUAACCCCUCAUCUCACUCAAUGCUUUAAAUGAUUGUCAAAAACUGAAAUCAGGGGUCAUUUAGUUUUUAAUUAAGCCUAAGUGGGUUCACGUAUAAUUCACUUUUCAAAGCAAAUCCUCUUCAUACAUGAUCUCUGAGUUGGUUUUAGAGGAGCUGUGAGAGAACCAGGAGCAUGUCCGCUUAGCUUACCACACCACACACAUUAGUCAAUGCUUUAUUUACUCAGUACUGUAUGUUUUCGACCUUUCUUUUUUUAGUUGGGACAGUGGCAGAAAGUAGCAGCAGCACUUUGAAAAGGUGGAGAUAGAUCACGGAGCAAACGAUGAAUGCUGAGGAGGAGAGGAAGGGAAGAAACCCAGCGACGGCUUUCUUUUUGCUACGUUGUUUUCAAUCUGAAAGAAAACCCCAAUUGUGAAGGUUUGUCGCUGAGUUGUGAAGUUUGUGUCCCAACACUAAACAGUGCAGCCCAUCCCUGCAAUCGGUGGUGUGACGGCGUGUUCUGACUGCAGAUGCGUUCGAUGACGUCAGAUUAGUGCACUUUCCUAACAGUAUGGUUGUACUGAAAGUGCUCUGUGGUGUGUGUUUGUGGCAGGAUAGGAUUUCAGGAGCGUGUUUGUGUAGGAAUGUAUAGAUGAUGCUUUUUGUCCAGUUUUUUUGUCUUUACUUUAGAAAAAUUGCAUUUUGCACAUGGAGAGGAUUAUGUUAGGCGGAGAGAACAUUUCUGAUGGCCCGGUCCGGAAACCAACACAAAAAAACACUGGAGGGUUUUUUUUUUGUUCUUCAAUCAGGCAAUUAGCACAUUUGGAGCAAAUGUUGUCUCAUCUGCUCAAUUAAGGUCAAGUUGUUUGAACGAGUGUAGCUUUAGAGCAGAAUUUAAAUGUGCCUGCCUACUGAAUUUAAUCCGCGGUUUCUUGGGUUCAGAGGGAGGCUGAGGGGUGAUAUGCACUAUUUGAUGACUAUCUGAUGGUUUAGUUGUACAAUCAGAGCCAUUUCAAAAAAAUCUGAAACAGAAUACGUGUGUCCAAGAACCUGCAGGUGCAUCUGUGGAUCUUAUCAGUUUCACUCAGCCUCCAUAUUUGCUUCUUGGAUGCUGUUUUGAUGAUAGGAAAAUGUUUUAUUUUUUAAAAAGCAGAUUUUGUUUCACAAGUUGAUGAGUCAGUGAAACGAGGUUAAGGAGAAGCAACCAGAAGACCCUAGAUUUACAAAAAAUAAAAUAAAUAAACACCAUUUGGAAUAAAAAAAAACUAAUCAGAUCAAUUCCACUGUCAUCCUUUUUAUCAGUAAAAAAUGUUCACAACAAUUAGGACAAGCAGUAUGUGUGGUUUGCGUGUGUCUGUGUUAGAGGGAGUGUCAGUUGUGUUUUGUGGUCGUAAGUAUGUCAUUCCCCUCCUGAAAAGCAGAACCAUCAGGUGAACUGAUGCCAAGUAAGUGAUGCUGCUUGGGUUACUUUAGAAAGCAAUAGUAAGACAAAACACAAGACUAUUCUCUUUGUAUAACACUUUCUGCAAUAAAACAUUUGUUCAUAAUUCCAAUUAAAGCCAAAAGUAGGGAAAAGAAAACAAUUAUUUCCUGCCAGUGAAGUGGAUAGUAUUUUAAAGUUAUGAAACCUCCUCAGAGAGUACAUAUCUUUAGGGAGCUGCAGCUGCACCAGUUGCCAGCCUUCAGGGAAACCUCUCAUUUAUGCAGUAACUGAGUCAAACCCCAGACCUGCUCUGCCCCUGAUGGAAAACCUCACGGUUCUUCACGCCGCCCAGCUCUGCCUCGUUGCCACGACUCCGUAGUGACCUCGUUAGCUUCAGGUACCUUUCAAUAAGCCAGGACUGCCCUUCGUUUAGCUUUUCUAAACGCAGCUUAGCUUGGAGUCCCACUCCGAUCAUCUUUUGAUCUAUUGUAAAAGCGUUCUCAGUCGUCUUUUAAUUAAAAUUAUGCAGUUUUUUGCCAAAAUCUAUUUCACUCAAUAGAAAUUCAUCUCUUAGUUGAGGGCGGAACUGUGGGUGCUGAAUAAGCCCGCGCCCCCUUCCCAUCAUCCAUCUGUUUACACACUCCUGCUAGCUUACAGCCCCAACAAAUAUGUUUUUACAUCAGAAUGGAGUGGAGCGAUCUGAAUAAAGAAAUAUUCUAGCCUAAAGUCUUUGAGAAAAUUCCAUAAAAGCACCAUUUUUAUUGGAGUGGGUCUCUAAACUGGCUCAAUCAUAGGUCAUGAUACAGUUGCAAACAGAUUCUUUGAAUGCAGUAGAGGGAGUGGUGAAGUUUGAAUAAGUUUUGAGUGUACAUGGUUUGGAUUUUGUCUUGAUGGCCCCAAAUCCUUUUUACCUUUAGAGAUGUACCACAAUGUGCAAUACUUCCACGAUUCUGUUGCCAAGUGUAUGUAGUGUAGUCUGCAUCGCCCCCUCUGUUCGUAUUUUCAGUCUCACGAGUCCUCAGAGAGGAUCCCCGAAUUCGCCCUUCUGUUUGUGAGGCCUUCGUCCGCUGUCGGUGUGUCUGCAGAGUGUGUUUACGGCUGUGGGAUGUCUCCUCCUGUAACUGUGUGUGAGAUCCGUCGUUGGUUCACGCUGAGACCCACAGGAAAUAGAAACCUCGUCGUUAGUGGGGACCACUUUUUGUAAAAAAAAAAAAAGUUUAAAAAGUUUAAAAAAAAAAGAAAAACCAACAGAGAUGCACAUGUAAGUAGAUGUAAUAAACUUGAUAAUGUUUCAGCACUUUCUAAUUCUGGGACGGGCUGUCUCAGACCGACCCCCGCCCCAGGGCUAACAUUCAUUCAGAACAGACAGUGAGAAUGGAAAAGGACUGUUUUGAAAAGAGAGAAAUUGCUCAAGUUUUUUGCACAUCGCCUUGCUGCAACCUUGUGUUUCACGUGUCUGUUCUCCACUCUCACUUCGGUGCGUUCUUGGGUCCAACGGGCCGAGGUGUAAGCUGAUUCCUUGGUUCUUCUAGGAAAACCUGAAAGCAUCCUUUCGUUUGUAGUGUGAUUUUAUUUGGCACUGCAACAACCUGGCUGGACCGCCAUUGUCCUUGGUUCCUUUGACAGCUUGGUUUGUAGCGUAGAAAGAGUGCGAACUUUAAUUUUCCUUUUUCCCCCCGUUUUGGUCUCCUUUGUAGCACUCGGCAUAAUGUCAGGAGAUUUAAACUACAUAGAGAAUGUCGACUUUUUUUUCUUCUUUUUUUUGACAAGCAUCCUCACUGGAGGAGCACAGCUUAUGUCAUCUUUUUUUAUUGGCUUCUUCUUGCACAACUUGACAAAUAAAAUGAAUGUUGGUGUGUGAGCUUUGACUUUCUGAUCAGAAAAACAACACGUGUGCUUUUUUGUUUCUGGAUGUUUGUACUUCCGGUUUAGAAAAAAAAAGGAUGUUUUCUCGGCACUUUGACGUGUUUUAAAAGUGAAUACAUUUCGAUCAGGAUUCCACUUUUUUCAUUAAUUGUGUUUUUUUUUUGUAUGAUGUCAAUGUCCAUAGCGCUGGAUAACCAACUCAGGCAGAAAGGAGAAAAUAAAAAGGCCCACAUGAGAACUUAGUUUCCUCCCAAUCAGUUUAUAACGUGGGCUUGAAUAGGGGUUAUUCAAUAUGUAAAUUAAUUUUGAUAUUUCACUUGAUUUAAUGCUAAACAAAUGUCGAUAUUGACAGUUAACUAUAAAUUAUUAAGAUGUUGUGUGUGUAAUCCUGGAGAUGGCUCGGAUCAACGGACUGAACAUCUCUGGUGUGCCUGUGUGGAUCAAACACUGGGAGGGGGGACAGGCGUUUCGGGUUCCUGACCUCUGACCCCGCCCACUGCCACUGAAGGGACAGACGUAUCUAUUCACAGCUGAAUCUGAACUGAGGCCUGCAGCCCGUCUGUCUGGAUGUUUCUCUGUUCUUCGGCGGAGCUUUCCUUCCCCGGAGGAGUGGACCUCGGGAUCCCGGCUAACUUGUCUGUACCGUACUGUACUCACCAAGUCCCUGUCUCACCUCUAUAGCAAUGGAGAAACCCUGUUGGUGUAUGUAACUGACAUCUGUACAAAUGCACCUCUUUGGAGAAAACAAACUAAAUGAAACCUUGACAUAUCUGGA